AUGAGCAUGCCUGUUUAUCCGAAGAAGUCAGUGGUGCUACUCAUGUGCUUAAAGUUGUCACUACAAAUCACUCCGCCGUGUGAAAGCGAGCAACACUAUGAAUACUCUGGACGGUGCUGCACAAAGUGUGAGCCAGGAAAGUAUAUGUCUGCUAGAUGCACUGGUACUUCUGAUACCAUGUGCCAGCCGUGUGGCCCAAACGAGUAUAUGGAUGUCUGGAAUGAAGAAGAUAAAUGCUUACUACAUAAAAUAUGUGAUCAAGGGAAAGCUUUGAGAGAAGUGAGCCCAGGGAACAGCACGUUCCAGCGGCAGUGUGCUUGUACGAUGGGCUACCACUGGAAUGAAGACUGCGACUGCUGUCAGCGAAAUACCAUAUGUGCUCCAGGAUUCGGAGUCGAGCAUCCUGUGCAACAAGACAAGGACACAAUGUGUACACCGUGUCCCAGAGGCUACUUCUCAAAGGUCGCUUCAUCCACCGACGAGUGUAAAUCCUGGACCAACUGUACAGCUCUAGGAAUGGCAGAAAUAGUGCCUGGGACUGACAAGUCAGAUGCAGUUUGCGCAGAACGGAAGAUGCCUGAGCCAUCAGAAGACGGAACAACCAGGAUCUUAUACGUGUUGAUUGUCGUCUUGUUUUUUGUGGCACUAAUUGGCAUUGUCAUCUUCAUCAUAUACUACAAGAAUAAGGGAAAAAAGCUGACAGGCCGGGAGUGCCUUACACUUAGGCAUAAUGUAUGUCGCUUGGAGCCCCCAAGGGAUGCAUUUGUUACCGUGAGCACCACGAAUCCUGCUGUCCCCCAGACCGCUGAAGGCGUGUGUCUCCUGGGCCCCCCUGGCUCUCCUGCCCCUGGAAACUCCUGCUGCACCAGCGGUCACGCUCCUUGCAGGGACGGGAGCCCCAGCAUGGCGCCGUGCGAGGUGGGAGGGAGCCUCCAAGAGGUUUCUGUGGUAACCGAGACUGAUGGUGACCAUUUCCCGCCAGUUCCCACGGAAGACGAAUACAUGGAUAAGGAUCUCAAUACCACUGAUUAUUUAUCUUUACUGAGUUGGACUGCCAGUAAAACCGUGUCGUCGUUUUCAGAACCAAUGGAGGCAGGGGAGAACGACAGCCUAAAUCAGUACUUUUCAGGGAUUGGGAGCACAGAGGACGUAUCAGUCUCUCAAGGCUCUCACCCUUCUGCCAACACAGAUGGGGCACACGUUGCCACGGACAAACUUCUUCAGAAAUCUUGCCAGCGUGCCCACAGUUGCCUGAAGGAAACAGGCAACAAAGACACAGAUCGUUUUGCAACAAACUAUGACUCAGAGAAGAUCUGUGUGAGGUGUGGCAUUUCGUACAGGGAAUCUGCCAGAAAGUGGAGCAGACCCUGUUGUGCUGCGGCUGACAGUGCCUCCACCUCCCCAGAAACUGGAUCCUAUGCACAGUGCACCUGUGGCUUGAAUUUUCUCUCUGCUGGUCAGAGCACUCUAGCAAGUGAUCAUGGUAUGGAAGAUGCAUCUUUGGACAGUAACAACAUGAAGUACCAGAACACAAACAGAAGCACUUCAGGGACAAACAGCAGCACUUCAGACCUCCCUCCAGCAUCUGGAAAUGUGACUGGAAACAGUAACUCCACCUUUAUCUCAAGCGGACAAGUAAUGAAUUUCAAGGGCGACAUCAUUGUUGUCUACCUUAGCCAAAACUCCCAGGAGGGGGCAACGGCCUCGGGGCCGAGCGAGGAGAACGUGGGCAGCCCCGUGCAGGAGGAAAACCUCAGCCGCUGCGAGACUUUUGCCGGCAACUCCCAGCACUACAAGGAGAAGUGUGCCGAGCUGCAGGGUACCUGCCCGCUGGGCGGCCAGGCCUCGCAGCCCGUGCAGGAGGAGGGGAAGCUGGGACACUUCUCGGAGAAAGUGUUGAACUGA